AUGACGACGGACAUGGCUUCCGAUGCUCUAAUAGAUAGCAUCAUCACCGAGAGGAUCCGAAAAUUAAAUCAAAAUUCCGUUGAUAUUCAACAUGACUUGCCCUUUUUGGUCGCAGACACAAGACGAAUAUACCAGCAACAUGAGCGUUGGCUCCGAUGCCUUCCUAAUAUUUCACCCUUCUACGCUGUAAAAUGCAACGCAGACGUUCGGCUACUACGUUAUCUCGCACGUCUAGGCGUCGGUUUCGAUUGCGCCUCAUGGGGAGAGAUGAAGCUCGUGCUGGACUUGGGAGUAGACCCCUCCAGGAUUAUCUUCGCUCAUCCGUGCAAAGCGGUAUCUGCCUUACAGAUGGCUUCCAGGAGAGGGGUUCCACGGACGACAUUCGACAACGUCGACGAACUCGAGAAAAUAAAGGAGAAUGUUCCCCAUCUACGCCUACUUCUUCGUAUAUACGCUGAGGAUGAUACCGCUCUUGUAACUCUCGGGAACAAGUUUGGAGCUCCGUUAGAUACCACCAAGGCAUUGCUUCUGAAAGCGAAGGACCUUGGUUUGAUAGUGGAAGGGGUCAGUUUUCAUGUUGGAUCCGGAGCAUCAAAUGCUGAUACCUUUGUCACUGCCAUACAAAAUGCAAAACGAGUUUUCCAACAAGGAAAGCAGCUUGGGUUCAAUAUGCAUGUCUUAGAUGUCGGAGGCGGGUUCCAAGACACCAACUUCGAACUAAUGGCACUCACUCUCCAGCGGGCUAUUGAAAAAGAAUUUCCCCCUUCCACUCAGGUGAUGGCAGAGCCUGGUCGAUUCUAUGCGCGCAGCUUCUACACUGCGGCAUGCAAGGUCAUCGCCCGACGCAAACAAAUCGGGCAAGAUAGGUUAACCCAAAGUGACAUGCUGUACCUGAAUGAUGGGAUAUAUGGGUGUUUCAUGAAUGCCGUGGCCGAGAAUGAGAUAUACCGUCCUAUCCUAGUCAGAAAGGAGACUGUGAGCAAUAUGGAAAGAGAGGCAGGAGAGCAUCGGUAUUCUGUGUGGGGUCCGACGUGUGAUGGGCUGGACUGUAUCGCCAAAGAAGCUACUAUGGGGUGUGAAGUAAAGGUUGGGGAUUGGGUCAAGUUUGAGAACAUGGGAGCAUAUACGGUAGCGACUUCUACACAAUUCAAUGGAUUCCCGAACCGCUACGACAUCAUAUAUGUCGAUGACCAUAUCACACCGAGAUGCGAUAGGGAGGUUAUGGCUAGUACAACGCGCAUCAGGUCUGAAGCUGUCCUAUAA